AUGCCUAGAGUGGAAUACAAGCAUUCGUACUGUAAAAUUUACAAAGUCAAAUUUGAGGAUGCAAAGAAAGUGGCACAGCAAUGCCUCAAUAAGUGUCCUGUCAAGAUUGACUCUGAUGCCAUUUUAGGCCUAAUUACAUUUUGUUUUUUUCACUCAAAAAAUUGGCCACCCCCAUUUUACCGUGGGAAAUUCCAUAAAGGGCAUUUUUUGACUCCUUUUGCUUCCCUGAGUCCGAAUCUGAACUCAGUUUGUCCCAAAAAAUUCCGCCUGGGGAGUUAG